AACUGAAGGCAAGGUCGUGAGCCGGACGGAUCAGUCGAGGAAUUGAAGGAGGCUCGGUUUCCUUUCAGCCAGUGUGACGUGCCCGGCCAAUCACAUCGAAACAAGGGCAAGCAAAAGUUCAUUUCAACAGCAAAGAAACAGAGCAGCAAGCGACAGAGAGUCAGACAAGAAGUCAUAGGAAACCAUGGCAACUGUGGAGAAGCUGAUCGCUCACGUCUCUCAAGCUCAAGGUGAAGCUUCGAGGAAUAAGGUCACCAUUGUGGGUGUAGGCCAGGUUGGCAUGGCUUGUGCUGUCAGUAUUCUCUUGAGGGAACUUCCGGAUGAGAUGGCAUUGGUGGAUGUUCUGGAAGACAAACUGAAAGGAGAAAUGAUGGAUCUUCUUCAUGGCAGUCUGUUCCUUAAGACUCCAAAGAUCGUGGCUAACAAAGACUACUCCAUCACUGCAAACUCGCGGGUGGUGGUCGUCACUGCCGGGGCACGCCAGCAGGAGGGAGAGAGCCGCCUUAACCUCGUCCAGAGGAACGUCAACAUCUUCAAGUUCAUCAUCCCCCAGAUCGUAAAAUUCAGCCCCAACUGCACCAUCAUCGUGGUCUCCAAUCCAGUGGAUAUUUUGACCUACGUCACUUGGAAAAUCAGUGGUUUCCCGAAGAAUCGAGUCAUUGGCAGCGGCUGUAAUUUGGACUCUGCCCGAUUCCGGUACCUGAUGGCGGAGAAGCUUGGCAUACAUCCCACCAGCUGCCACGGCUGGGUGCUCGGGGAACAUGGCGAUUCCAGCGUUCCUGUUUGGAGUGGCGUCAACGUGGCGGGAGUUGGACUCCAGCAGCUGAAUCCAGAUAUCGGAACUGCUCAGGACAAGGAAAACUGGAAAGACGUCCAUAAGAUGGUCGUGGAAAGUGCCUACGAAGUGAUUAAGCUGAAGGGAUACACCAACUGGGCCAUAGGGCUCAGUGUUGCUGAACUGACUGAGUCCAUUGUGAAGAAUCUGAAGAGGAUUCACCCAGUAUCCACCAUGGUGAAGGGCUUGUACGGUAUUCAAAAUGAGGUCUUCCUGAGUCUGCCCUGUGUCCUGAGUGCCGAAGGAUUGACUGCCGUCAUCAACCAAACCCUGAAGGAAGAGGAGGUGGCCCAGCUGAGGAAGAGUGCGGAGACUCUCUGGGCCAUUCAGAAGGAACUGAAGGAUCUGUAAUGAUAAGCUAACUGUAAACCAACCAUAUAUAGAACAGUCCAUGCAUUCUCUUGCAUUGAGAGUGGUGAUGUCACCAUGUAUACCCAUGACUGAUACAUAUACUAAAUACAGCUGACCCCCCUAAUGAGGUUGUCACCUACGUACAAACAAUAAAAAUGUAUUCACCUCUG